UCUUCCUCCUGACAGCCCCCUCCAAGCCCCCUCUAGCCACCAACUCAUUUCUUUGAGAAAAUUGGUGACCGAACUUGGGAUUUUCUGCUUCUUUUCUUGAUAAGUAACGAGAUUUGGGGCUUAGAAUCUUCCCUCUCAACCCAGAAAUCCCGGAUCUGCUCUGCUUCUUCCUCCCUUGUCCGUCGGGUUCUGCUGGGUUUGAAUCCUUCGGUUUUUUUUCUGUUUGCCGUGAGUUUCCCCCUGGAUCCCGUCGGCUUCCUCACCAGCCAAGCUCGGGUUCUGCUGGCUGGAAUUCUGGUAAGUUGCCGGCUUUUCCAAGCUUAAAAUUACCCAUUUAAGUGUUGGGUUUUGUCCAUUAAGUGCUGCCCUGUGCUUGCCCGAAUUUUGCUAAAAUGGGGGAGGAAAUUCCGGUAGCAUUUAAAUGUGUUUUGUGCUUGGUUUAUGUAGGAAUUUUGUUAAUUGGGCUGUGGUUAUGUUGUGUAGGAGUAAUCUCGUGACUUAGCCAUUGUUGGCCAAAGCCGUGGGUCUCCAGUGCUUGUCCAGGAAAUUGGAAUGAAUUUUGGUAGCUUUAAGCUAUGUUUUUAAGUGUGGUUUAAGUAGGAAAUUAGCUUGUUAUGAUUGUUGUGAGAUUUUGGAGAGAAACCCCCGUGAAUUAGCUAUGUUUUGUCAAAUUUUGGGAGGUGAGGUACUGUUCACAUGGACUGUUCACGGGUACUGUUUAUAGGUACUGUUCACACACCGAGGGUUAACGAUUAACGGGGAUUUAAAUGAUUAGUUUGUGAUAUAAGAAUGAAAUUGGAGAUGUUCGGUUAUGUGGAGAUUGAUAGAAAUAGCGCUGUGAUUGGGGAUUUUGAUCGUUCUGUCACCGUAGCACUUGGGUUAGCCUUCUGUUCUGUGCGAGUGAGGUAAGUAAAUUAUGGUAAAGCCCUUUGAUUUUAAAGCAUGUUUUAAACUGUUUUUGAGAUGGUGGCAAGGUUUAAAUUGAUUUGAAAUUGAUUUUCAUCAGCAUCUGAGUGUGAUUAAACUGAAAUGAAAAUUUAGAUGAUUUUCAUGAGAAUUUCCUUGUUUUCUGAAAUUGAGCAUGAUUGGAAUGAAAAUGAGGAUUUUAUUGAUUUUCUGGAAAUGAGCAUGAUUGAGAAAUGAAAACGAGAAUUUCAUUGUUUUUCUGGAAUAGAGCAUGCCUAUUUGGGAAUUGACAGAACUGUUUUGAUGAACUAAGAGUUUGCAAAUUCUGAGUUUUCUGUUAAAUCCAUGGUCAUAUGGAAAUUUUCUGGUUUGUUUCUGAGAUUUGAGAUUGAUUGUGAAUUAUGGAUUUUUGGAAAUCCUGCAUGGUUUUGUCUCGGAUAUAGUCAUGAUUACUGACGCUCGCUAGUGGGAGCUGUAAACGCUAGCACAUGUCGACAUGUAUUUCUGUAGAACCGGUUCGUCCUGCCAAUGGGAUAAAACAUUGGCACCAUUACUGACGCCUACCAGUGGGAGUGUGUAAACACUGGCACUAUUACUGACGCCUGCCAGUGGGAGUGUGUUAAACACUGGCACUAUUACUGACGCUUGCCAGUGGGAGUUUGUAAACACUGGCCAUGACUUAUAGAUGAGACUACUGAAUUGAGUUUUCUUCUGCAUUAACGGUUUGUUAUGAAUGCUUUGCAAUUAAACUGUUUAUCUGGCA